AGUAGGUAGGACACGCUCUAACGCGACAGAAACGCGUUCCUUAUUUGACCCUUAAUUGUCCUUUUUAAUUGUAGAAUCUACCUAACCCAUUUAAGUCAAGUGAGGGGUCCCACCACUCGACCCAACCUCGCCAACCUCGUCUUUCACAUUUACCCACGUCACAGCACCGCUUCGAGAGCGGUGGCCGAGCGACGUCAGAAAUCGACAUCCACGUCGCUCGGAUCAAUACCCGCGAAUGCCCGUUUCUCACUAGCAACCGCUUGCUUUCGCGAACUCAAUCGUCCAAUUGAAGUCACCGCCAUCGAUUCGACCGCGCCACGCCAGAGGACGACAUGCCGAGUCCGACGCGUGACGCGAUCCCGUCGUGCUUCUCACCAUCGCCGCUCGGCAUAGACCUUCAGACUCCUCUCACUCCACGCACACAGAGGACACUACGCAAGCUUCAAUCAGCGCAUAAUCUCGGCGCCGCCAACAAGAUCGCCACCAGCUCAUCCACUACUCUUACCCAGCAAACCCUUCGCCACGUACACUCGAGAGACAUCUCGCCAACCCGUCGGCAGGCCCUCAACCGAUCGCCACAACGCCACAGGGCCAAUUCCGACGCCAGUGGCAGCGGAAACCCCCCUAAUCUUCGUAUCGCAAGCUCUUCCGCGUCCUUACAUGCAAAGCGUAAUGUGUUGAACAGGACUCCAUCAGCCGCCGACGGCUUGAGCCUAGAUAGGUUGAUACGAGAUGGUCCGCCUGAUGAUGACGUGGGUGGUGCCCUCAUAAACAUGCGAUUCAAGGUAUUAGAUCAGGGGAUAAAGAGUGAUAUUGACGGCAUGUCUUCUAGUAGAAUAUAUAUCUGGCUGAUUUUGCUUGAUGCCCCUGUCCUGACGACCGGCGACUAUCUCAAGCUUGUUCACCGCGGUGCCUCGCCCGCUUAUUCCAAAAUUCGCAAUGACACUUUUCGAACCCUGACCACCGAUCCACUCUUCCGUCGCCGUGUCAGUGAGGCCAGUUUAAUCCGACUGCUUAAUGCAGUUGCUUGGAUGUUACACGAUUCCAAGGAAGUACGUCGCCCAGCUAGCAGUCGGCAGUCGCUCCCUCCUAGCAAUAGCGCCAGCCCCGCCCGCAGUGACAUGUCGCAGAUCAAUGCGACGUCUCCAGCAGCAAGGAGUCGCGCCCGCGCUCUUACCCUUACAACAGAAGGGUCGGAUUCGAAUGCUUCGGAACCAGGGACGUAUGUACAGGGAAUGAACGUGCUAGCAGCCCCUUUCUUGUACGCUGCCCGUAGCGAAGCCGAGGCCUUUGUAGCGUUUCAUCAACUCCUGACCAGGGAAUGCCCGGCCUAUAUUCGAGGUGCUAUGGAUGGCGUACACCGCGGUCUUGCGCUCGUAGAUAAAGUCUUGGGCAUCGUGGACACCAAAUUGAGCCUUUAUCUCACCUCGAAGGGUCUUUCAGCAGAAAUUUACGCCUUUCCGUCAGUGCUGACGCUCUGCGCUUGUACACCCCCUCUGCCAGAGGUGUUGCGGUUAUGGGAUUUCUUGUUUGCCUACGGACCACACUUAAAUAUUCUGUGCAUCGUGGCCCAGCUGAUCAUGAUGCGCAACGAAUUGCUCAGCUCCUCAAGCCCUAAUAAACUCCUGCGGUCAUUCCCAACUUUACAUGCUGACCAAAUCAAAGCUCAUGCGCUAGCUAUUGUCAAAAUGAUACCCAGCGAUGUGUAUGAGGAGAUAGUUAACCAUGCUUUGUGAUGGGGAGGACUUCGCUUAAUCGCGUCUCCUCAAAAUCUGGUACCAAAAUUGGCCAAGGCUGUGCGGUAUUGGCUAAUUACUAAAAUGCAUCUCUCGAUGGCAUGGAUUAUCCACAUUACGAUCAAAAUGUCUCGUUUGAUGAGACUAGGAGGAAGGCGUUUAUACUGACUUGUAUUAUAUAUAAGAGCCGCGGUGUUAUAAAUUAACACAACGGAAACCACGCUGCGAACGAUGUUACGAUGGGAAAUGGGAUCUCUCGCACCUGGCAUGACAUAGCAUUGCACUAUUAUUAUUAUAUUUUUGAUCAUAACUCAUAGGGCCGAGAUAUAUGACAAUCGCAGCAAUCGGCUGGUGCAAUUGUAAUAUAGAUAACUAUAGUUAGGAAAACACUUGAGACACUUCUUGGGUUGACUCAGGCGACGCUCAAUGUGACAAAAGAAGUUAAUAUGCCA